AUGGAUAUUGUCGAUAAGCUGCAAGGAUUUCCCCGUUUAAAGAAGGUUCGCGUGUGCAUCGGGACGAAUGGGAUGGGCGGGAGCGCGUCGGCGGGGAGACGUGACAAUAGCGAGGCUUGGACCAAGUGCAUGCGCUACGCGGAGAUUGGCGCCUCGGUGGAUAAGUUCCUGUUUCUCGCCGCGAAAUCCGGAAGCGCGGAUGUUUUCUACAGUAGCAUCGGCGGGGGUGGCGGAGAGACGGCGGAAGGUGCGCAGCGCGGGGGAAUGCAGGGAGGGACGCGGCAAGGGGGACAGCACCGUGCGGGGACUUCAAGACAAGGGGAAGCGUCGUUUGCGAAUGGGUUUGAUGCGGUGGAAGGCGGCGGGGGGGAGGACAUGCGCGGAGCGCACGGAACUGCCCGUUUGGAGCGCGGACGAGAGGAAGAAGGGGAGGAGGGAGAGGGGGAGGGGGAGGGGGAGGGAAACGAGAGGGAAAGGGGGCAGCAGCAUCAGCAGCAGCAACAGCAGCAGCAGCAGCAGCAGCAGCAGCAGCAGCAGGGAGGAGAGGGCCAAUUUGGAUUUUCUUUCCCCCAGGCUUACAUGGCACGAGAUGAUGCAGCAGCAGCAGCAGCAGCAGCAGCAGCAGCAGCAGCAGCAGCAGCAGCAGCAGCAGCAGCAGCAGCAGCAGCAGCAGCAGCAGCAGCAGCAGCAGCAGCAGCAGCAGCAGCAGCAGCAGCAGUUGACCUAACCCUAAAGCAAGUCAUGGGCCCUAGCGACGACUCAUUAAAGCGCAUGAUGCCCGUUAUAAUCUUCGCCAUUAUAAGGGGCUUUGACGAGUUCCGCGACGUAAUUCCCUGUCUAUUGUUGAAAUUACCCCUGCUGCAGCAGCUGCUGCUGGUUGACGUCACUGACAACGUCACCAUCCACAUGCGUCCGCACCACAUGGCGCAGCUUCGGCGGGCCAACCGACGGGCGUUUGGCGGGAGCCUAGGCUUGGAGAGCCUAGGCUCGGAAGGUUUAGGUCCGGAGAGUCUAGAUGUGGAAAGUAUGGUUUUGGGGGACGGGAGCAGUGGGAAUGGGGGAGGGUUAGAUGGUAGCGGGCGGGCGGAAGAGGGUUUGUCAACGGACAUGGUUUCUGAGAUGGGUGGUGGCAUGGGUGGUGGCUUGCGUGUGGGCACGGGGGCAUCGGACGCGUUUGGGGAUGAGGAGUUUCGGCCAGAGCUGCUGGGAGCUGGUGCUGCUGCCUACACCGCUUCACUCACUGCCCCCUCUGCUGCUGCUGCUGCUGCAUAUUCCGCUUCACUUACUGCCCCCUCUGCUGCUGCCUCUGCUGCAUACACCCCCUCGCUCACCCCCCCCGCUGCAACCUCACCCACAGACACUCCACUCUCCCCUGCCCGCUCACCCCAUCCCGCUGCCCCUGCCGCUGCCCCUUCUUCUGCCGCUGCUGCUGCCCCUGCCGCUGAUCCUGCCCCUGCUUCUCCUGCUUCUGCUCUUCCCGCUCGUCCCGCUCCUCCUGCUGCCCCUGCGUCUGCACACAGAGCAGAUCAAGCCCCCGUGUUAGAAACCGUGCAAGCCUCCGUGUUAGAGACCGAUGCUCCUGCAGAACUGUCCAGGCGGGACCUGUCUUGCCAUCCCGACUCGCCCAACUUCCACGUGUCGUUCUGGCGCACGGACAGAGUCCGGGUGGCUUAUCCGCUGCCACGUCAGCACCAGGAGCUGACUGACGUGUCAGUCUGUGUGGCCACGCAGGACUCUGUUGCGCUGGACGACGCUGACGUGGCGGAGCUUGCCAGCCAUGCAUGCCAUGUGGGUGUGUGUGCGCACUGUGCUCUGCUGGAUGGGAGAUAG